CAGAAAUCGGAACCACCCAAGAAUGAUCUUCACAGCGCACGAGACGUUCAGAUUGUUGUCUCAAUGGCACGCGUGAGGCUGUCUGAGUCACUUCUACCAAAUAUUCGUUGAUUUUGUCGAGAUGCCGCGUGGAUGGCAGGCAAUCAAUACUGAUGAUCGACACGGCGGGGUUGUUCACUCAUCACACAACUAUAGCGUGGUCAUGUCGAUCGUCACUGGCGCACCCAAUCAACGUUCAUGUAAAUUUGGACAAGAUGAAUUAGGAACUACGGGGCGGGAUCAGGAUCAAUGUUUGGCCCCAUGGUGGGCUAUUUGGGUGACAGUGACAGUUGUGGCAGUGUCGACCAUGGUCGGGCGGGUGACGUGCAGACGACAUCCGAGACGGCACAGGUGUCAGUUGUACCAACAUCUCCAAAUCGAGACGUGAACGAACGUGCCAAUUGCGUGUUCGCCCUAUUGAAGGACGAUCGGUCGUCGAUGAGACUGACUGCGAGAGUGGUGUACGAGUCAGGCGUCAAUCUCACUCAGACCGGGAUUGUUCAUGGAUCUCAAGAUAUAU